GACAUCAGUUCAAGCCGCCGGCGUGUGUGGCCCAGAAGAACAUCGCUGCGCUGUACGGCGAGGCGAAGCCAUGGCGCCCCUUUCGGUGUCGGCCAUCCUCGCGCCGUCGCCGCCGCCAGCCCAGGCGGCCGCAAGGGCCUCGCCGCGCCGCGCGCCAGCGAGCGCCGCGCCUGUCGCCGCCGCCAUUUCGACGGCAUUGCUUGCUUUGACUCCUGCCGCGCACGCCGCGGCGUUCUCCAAGGAGGACGUCGCCGGCUCCGUGACCAAGGUGGUGGACACGGUGGACCAGGUCAUCGGCGUCGGCGGCAAGGUGGCCGAGCAGUCCGCCGGCGUGCUCAAGGCGCUGGGCGAGGCCGCGAAGCCGGCCCUGCCUGCGCUGAAGAGCGCCGGCGAGCAGGCGCUGAAGCUCGCCUCGCCGGUGGUCUCCGGCGCCUCCAAGCAAGCCACGGAGGCGCUCCAGGGCGCCGGCGUCGACCCCGCCCCCGUUCUGUCCGCCGCUAAGACCGUCGCGGACGCGGCGCAGCAGGGCACGAAGGUCAUCGACGCCGCGAAGCCCAUCGCGUCGGCGACGGUGGAGACCAUCGGGUCGCUGGGCUCCGCGGACUACGUCGUGGUCGCCGGAGCGGCGUUCCUCGCGUACCUGCUCCUGCCGCCGGCAUGGUCCCUGCUUUCUUUCACUCUCCGCGGCUACAAAGGUGACCUGACCGCUGCACAAGCUCUGGACAUGGUGACCUCGCAAGAUUACGUGCUGAUCGAUGUGAGGACCGAGAAGGACAAGGCCAAAACCGGCGUGCCACAGCUCCCCUCGAACGCGAAGAACAAGCUCAUCUCUAUCCCGCUGGAAGAGCUUCCAAGCAAGACGAAGAGCAUGGUGCGCAACGCGAAACAAGCCGAGGCGGAGAUCGCCGCGCUGAAGAUCUCCUACCUCAAGAGGAUCGGCAAGGGCUCCAACGUCAUCAUCAUGGACUCGUAUUGCGACAGCUCGAAGAUCGUGGCGAAGACGCUCAACAGCGUCGGAUUCAAGAACUGCUGGGUCAUGGCCGGCGGCUUCUCCGGCAGGAAAGGGUGGGCGCAGAGCCGGCUCGGGACGGACUCGUACAACCUGUCGGUCGUCGAAGUCGUCACGCCGUCGCGGGUAAUUCCUGCGGCCGCUGAUCGGCUCGUGACGGCUUCGUCGUCGGCUUCACGGACGACCACGAGUCGUAAGCUUCUUCCCGGCAGCGUGGACGGCUGAAAGAGGCUGGAAUAGUCACUGUAAAUCCCAUAUUCACCUCAUGUUCUAGUUGCAACUCUCGUUUUUUUUUUGGGGUUUUUCAGUAAUUGAAAAGGGAGAAUCCGUAUAAACAAUAGUUGUGCCAUGUGUGAUAUUCCAAAUCGGUUUGAAUCCUGUGAAAAAAAAAGAUUGGCCCCAGCUUUCCAUUCA